GAGGAAGCUGAAGCUGUUGCUGCUGAUGAACGUGGUGCCGAGAGCGCCAAGGACGAGUCUGAAUAUGAUGAGCAUGCAGCAGCAGAGGAGGAAGCUGAAGCUGUUGCUGCUGAUGAACGUGGUGCCGAGAGCGCCAAGGACGAGUCUGAGAUUGAUGAGCAUGCAGCAGCAGAGGAGGAAGCUGAAGCUGUUGCUGCUGAUGAACGUGGUGCCGAGAGCGCUAAGGACGAGUCUGAGAUUGAUGAGCAGGCUGCAGCAGAGUUUAUAGUCGAAGCUGCUGCUGCUAUUGCUGGUGAACGUGGUGUCGAGAUUGCUAAGGAUGAGUUGGAGUUUGAUGAGCAGGCUGUAGCAGAGUGGAGAGUCGAAGCUGCUGCUGCUAUUGCUGGUGAACGUGGUGUCGAGAUUGCUAGGGAUGAAUCGGAGUUUGAUGAGCAGGCUGUAGCAGAGUGGAGAAUCGAAGCUUCUGCUGCUAUUGCUGGUGAACACGAUGUCGAGAUUGCUAAGGGCGAGUCUGAGAUUGAUGAGCAGGCUGCAGCAGAGUUUAUAGUCGAAGCUGUUGCUGCUGAUGAACGCGGUGUCGAGAUUGCUAAGGAUGAGUCGGAGUUUGAUGAGGCUGCAGCAGAGUGGAUUGUUGAAGCUGUUGCUGCUGCUGUAUCUGUUGCUACUGAUGGUAAGAGUGGUGUCGAGGCUCCUAAGGAGAAUGUGUUCUCUGAUUAUUCUGUGGGAAUGGGUGAUGCUGUAAUGGGUUGUGGCCCGAACGAUACUCCAUUAUCGUUUAAUAUUGUUACUGAUAGUUUAUGUAGUGAGGAUGUUGAGUUUUUGUUGGCAUCUGAGGAAGAUGAGCGUGCGUUGAUAAUAGAGGAUGAAAUUUCGCGACGUAAGAAGUUAAAGAAACGUUUUAAUGAAGUCAAGUCUAAUGGUUUUGUUGGAAAAGUUCCAGCUAUUGUUCGGGAUGACUCUGUGCGUGGUUUUGCUUCGUGCGACGCAGCAUUGGAACGUUGGAUUGUUAGAAAUCGUUGA